AUUUAUAUCGGAAGGUAUUAAUGGCAUUAGUAAAAAUGGCUGAGUGAAUGCUUAUGGGUAAAAAAUGGCAGAAGCAGCUGAUGAUCUUCAUAAGCAAGAAGAACAACAAGUAGCUAAUGAUACAGAAAAAGUUUUUUGCAGCUUUGUCUACAAACGUUUAACUAGUGAAAUCGACAAAGAGUCCUCAGACGGCAGUCUUGAAGUUGGCAAUGUCAUUACUAACCUACGUAGUGAAGUAACAGAAUUUAGAAAUGUUGAUGAGAGUAAUGGAGAAACAGAAAAUCUUGGUAGAGUCUUAGCUUCAUUUGGUGAUGAAAUAAAUGAUAAAUACAGACAAGUGUUUUCAGAUAUGUUAUGUCGCUUGAACAUUGAAACAGAAGAUGUUGCUUAUGAGACUUUUGCUAACAUUGCAAGACGUCUUUUUGAAAAUGGUAUUAAUUGGGGGCGUAUUGUAGCUCUUUUGUGUUUUGGCUAUGAAGUUGCAUUUGCAAUUAUUAAGCGAAAUGCGCGUGGGUUUGGAAAAUUUUUGCGCAAAUUGAUUCGUUUUGUGGUUGAUUUUAUUGUGAAUGAAAAGAUAGCAAAGUGGAUUGCCAAAAACGGAGGUUGGCUGGCUGCUCUUGUUGGUUUAAAGAAAGUAGAUGACAGUUCUGAUGUAUGGUUUAAAAGAAUCGUGAUUCUAGGAUCUAUCAUUGCUACAGUUUAUAUGAUACACCGUAUCACACGUUAGCAUUUUUUAUAAAAAAAAUUAGUUCAUGGAUCAAACGGCUAUUUUAAUAAAUGAAAUUUACUAUAUACGCGCAAUAGUGUCGCAAUAAGUGUUGCAAUAGUGUUGCUACAUUUAAGCAAAAAAAGGCUUAUAAGGGCAUGCUUUUUAAACUUUUUUUAAGAAAUGUGUUUCCCGUUGUGUUUUGUCUCUUUGAACUUUUUUUAUUAUAUUUUUUGGACAAUAAUAACAACUGAGCUUUCAUCUGUUGUAUGUGUUUUUAAUGUAAAAAGCAAAACUAAGCAUAAAUUUAAAACAAGCAACAAAUUUAGCGCAUCUACUAAGAACUCCUUUUUACUAAGAAGCUUUUAGUUGAGUUUGAAAGUUGUGUACGACGCAGGCUGAUGUCGAGUUCAGAUUACUUGUAAAUGAUUCCAUUGAAGUGGUUGAAUAUAAACUAAUUGCAAAUUUGGUUGAAUAAAAAAAUUGCAUUUGA